AUGUCCUAUAACGACACAGAGAGCCUACGGCAUAUCUGGCUUUCAGGAAUCGAGAAUGCUGUGGGAAAUUGGCAUAACCAUCGUAUUUUUUUGCUUCUGUCAGGAUUUACCCUACUGAUAAUCCUAAAACUUCUCUUCAAAUUACAACAACUUAGACUCAAUUCAAUAAACCCAAAAAUUCUCCCAAAAAAUCUUCCAAAUACCAGUCCACUAAAGAAAGAAACUCAUAAUGAGAGGAAAUCAGCCGGGGCAAAAGGGCCCCGUAGAAUUAUAGGAGAGAUCAAAAGGCGCAAGCUUCUACAAGAGCAGGAUAUUAGAUCUGGAAGUGUUCAAAUUCUGGUAUUCUACUCGUCGUUGACUGGCACAACCGAACAAACUGCAAAACUCUUCACAUGUGACCUUGCGCAGACCUGCAGGAAUUUAGGAGCGCCUAAUUAUGCUACUUUCCAUGAGCCUAAAUUAGUGGACCUUUCAGCUAUAGACUUCGACGAAUAUUUUCUUAAUAUUCCUAAGGAUGGCGCCGAUUGCCAAUACUUUUACCUUCUAAUUCUGCCAACUUACAAUAUUGAUACCAUACUUGAUGGUUUUAUCGAGCAUUUACGAGAAACCCAUCAUGAUUUUAGGAUCAAUACAUCACCUCUCUCGGGCUUGCUAGGAUACUCCGUAUUUGGAUUUGGAGACGUCGAAGGAUGGCCCACCGAAAAGGAUGGCUUUUGUUCUCAGGCAAGAGACACAGAUAAAUGGAUGGCCAAACUAACCGGUGGCAAAAGAGCCUUCCCGCUUGGGAUGGGAGACAUUAAGAAAGAUGGUUAUGCUCGAUUAGAUGAUUGGAAAAAAGGUGUAGAAGAUGUCCUAUCGUACAUGGUAAAGACAGGUAAUCUAGGAGAGGGAGUCCUUGGAAGCGGUGAUGCUGUAGAAAGUGAUGAAGAUACGGACGAAGAUCAGAUUCUUGACCAACGAAAUCCUACUCAAAACAGAUUACUUGUUCAACCAAGUAGUACAUUAAAUGAUCUCGAGGAUAUUAAUGUCAAACCAGCGUCAGACAAAACAAGCCUGUCACUACAAGAGAUAGAUUUUACCACUAAAGGCAAUAAACCGAAUUCGAUGAUAAAAGAGAUGGUUCCUAAAAAUUCCCCUACAUAUGCCGCCCUUACGAAACAAGGCUAUUCUAUCAUCGGUUCCCACUCUGGGGUUAAGAUAUGCCGAUGGACCAAAUCUGCUCUACGUGGUCGGGGCUCCUGCUACAAAUACUCAUUUUAUGGCAUCGCCUCACAUCAAUGCAUGGAGACAACUCCAUCACUCUCCUGUUCAAAUAAGUGUGUAUUCUGUUGGCGCCAUGGUACAAACCCAGUUGGUACAACCUGGCGCUGGACUGUCGAUCCUCCUGAACUAAUUUUCGAUGGUGCUAAGGCGGGACACUACCAGAAGAUCAAAAUGAUGCGAGGUGUACCCGGAGUCAGGGCUGAGCGAUUCACUGAAGCACUGAGUAUUCGGCAUUGUGCCUUAUCGCUGGUCGGUGAGCCCAUAUUCUAUCCUCAUAUCAAUAAGUUUCUAGCCUUGCUUCACGCCGAGCGUAUCUCGUCCUUUCUAGUCUGCAAUGCCCAACACCCUGACCAGCUAGCUGCUCUAGGUACCGUUACUCAACUCUAUGUCUCGAUUGAUGCUAGUAAUCGUGAGAGCCUUCGAAAAAUUGACCGACCACUUCAUCGCGACUUUUGGGAACGAUUCAAUCGAUGCCUUGACAUCCUUCGCGAACGAAGAUUCGAGCAGAGAACUGUAUUUCGCUUAACCUUGGUAAAAGGGUUUAACAUUGAAGAUGAAGUCAUGGGCUACGCUGAUUUAGUGGAGAAGAGUCUCCCGUGUUUCAUAGAGGUGAAAGGUGUUACCUACUGCGGAACAUCGGCCUCAGUUGGCGCAGCGCUCACCAUGCAAAAUGUGCCGUUCUACGAAGAAGUGUGCACUUUUGUCAAGGCACUAGACCUUGAGUUGCGGAACAGGAAACUUGGCUACGGGAUUGCAGCAGAGCACGCACAUAGUUGCUGCAUAUUGAUUGCUAGUGAAAGGUUCAAGGUUGGGGGGAAAUGGCACACCAGAAUUGACUAUGAGAAAUUCUUCCAAUGUCUCAAUAGAAGACAACCAUUCAGACCGGAAGACUACAUGGGCCCGGAAACCCCUGAUUGGGCUACGUGGGGUAGAGGCGGGUUCGACCCUCGCGAUGAGAGAGUUUAUCGGAAAGGAAAAAACAAGGGGUUACGGCCAGAAAUCCAAGUAGCGCCAAUGGAAAACUAA